AUGAAUUGGUCCAGAUCAUCAGAUGAAGCGAAAGGUAAAUCAGAAAAAACAAAACUAGUCACAGCUGGUGCCGUCCUAGGUUCAUUUCUUGUACUACUGGUGGUCGUUGGUCUCCAACGUCUCUAUAUUAAUGAUAUGGUAGAAAAAGAAUAUCGGGCAAAGAUUGAAAAGUUCUUGGAGGAUUAUAGAAAUUGCAAGCCAACGAGAUACUCGUAUGCUGAUAUUAAAAAGAUUACAAAUAAAUUUGCUGAGAAGUUGGGCCAAGGAGCAUACGGUACAGUAUUCAAAGGAAAACUUUCCAAUCAAAUUCAUGUUGCCGUGAAGAUCCUGAACAACAGUUCCAAGGAAAAUGGUGAAGAAUUCAUAAAUGAAGUGGGAAUAAUGAGUAGAAUUCACCAUGUUAAUGUGGUUCGCCUUGUUGGCUUCUGUGCUGAUGGAUUUAGGCGAGCACUAGUUUAUGAGUUUUUAUCAAAUUACUCCCUAGAGAAGUUCAUAAAUGUCAAGAACCGUUUUCUUGGAUGGAACAAGUUGCAAGAUAUUGCUAUCGGAGUUGCGAAAGGAAUUGAAUAUCUUCACCAAGGAUGUGACCACCAAAUCCUUCAUUUUGACAUCAAACCCCACAAUGUUUUGCUUGACCAUAACUUUAAUCCAAAAAUUUCUGAUUUUGGUCUUGCAAAAUUGUGUUCCAAGGAUCAGAGUGUAGUAUCUAUGACUACAGGCAGGGGGACCAUGGGGUACAUUGCACCCGAAGUGUUCUCUAGGAAUUUUGGGAAUGUGUCUUAUAAAGCAGAUGUUUAUAGUUUUGGAAUGUUGUUACUUGAAAUUGUUGGAGGGAAGAGAAAUGUUGACACUAGCAAGGUCUACUUUCCAGAAUGGAUUUACAAUCUUUUAGACCAAAAAGAAGAGCUAAGAGUCUUUAUCGAAGAUGAUGGAGAUACUAAAAUUGUCGAGAAACUUGCAAUUGUGGGACUCUGGUGCAUACAAUGGCACCCAAUGGAUCGCCCUUCCAUGAAACUUGUAGUUCAAAUGUUGGAAGGAGAAGGAGAUAAAUUAAUCAUGCCUCCUAAUCCUUUUGCCUCCUCAAGCCUGACAAGAAUCCAAGCACGGAAGCCUACCACGCGUUUAGGUCAAGAGUUGGAGGUUAUCCCAGAAUUAGAUUAAGUAUAAUUGUUUACAUUUUGUUUUGAAAUCUU